AUGCACUCCUCCACACAGGCGCCGGACGACAUGCACAACGCACACAAGGGGCUGGUGCUGUUUGUGAUCGGGUCGGGGUGGUCGCAGUUCUACUUCCACCACGUGCCUGACAAGGACGAGAUGUUUACCGCUGCGUUUGCGCCGUACGUGCUGCCUUUGCCCCGUACGUGCUGCCUUCGCCCGGUACGUGCUGCCUUUGCCCCGUACGUGCUGCCUUUGCCCCAUACGUGCUGCUUUCGCCCCGUACGUGCUGCCUUUGCCCCGUACGUGCUGCCUUUGCCCCGUACGUGCUGCCUUUGCCCCGUACGUGCUGCCUUUGCCCCGUACGUGCUGCCUUUGCCCCGUGCUGCUGCUGUUGCUUCUGUUGCUGCUGUUGCUGCUGCUGCUGUUGCUGUUGCUGCUGCUGCUGCUGCUGCUGCUGCUGCUGCUGCUGCUGCUGCUGCUGCUGCUGCUGCUGCUGCUGCUGCUGCUGCUGCUGCUGCUGCUGCUGCUGCUGCUGCUGCUGCUGCUGCUGCUGCUGCCGCUAUACCUGAAGCAUUUUUUAGUGUGCAUGCACGUCUGGUAGUGGAGCUGGGGAUGCUGGGAGCAGUGCUGCAUCAGCAGCCAAUGGAGCCGAUGUCUUUCUAUGUGGGGCCUAACGGGCCGGGCAAUUUCAAAGAUUUGGAAGAAGACGAGCUGAUGGCGUAUGAGAUAGAGUGGCAGCUCUCAGUGCCCAUGGCCAAGUCCAUCGUGAGGGGAAUGGAUGCGCUGCAGCUCGCCUCCAGAGAGAUCUUUCCGCACCUCCCGGUGGAAGGCUUUGUGCUCAUGGGAGUGAGCAAGAGAGGACUCAUGGCAUGGCUGACGGCCGCUAUGGAUAAAAGGGUGGUGGGCAUAGUGGCGUACGGCUUUGACCUGCUGGACUUUGGGCGCAACUUCCAGCACCUGCACGACUCGCUGGGCGCGUGGCCGGUCAUCCUCAAGUUCUAUGCCAUCUUCAACGUCACCGAACAGCUGCAAUCGCCCCAGUUCCAGAGGCUCACUGAGGACACGGACCCAUACUACUACAGGGAGCGCCUCACCAUGCCCAAGCUGCUCGUCAGUGCCGCCAACGAUGAAGUGCUGGCUCUGGAUGACACAUCUAGCGUUCCGCGGCCAAUCCUUCCUCCCGCCGCCACGCCUCCAUCUGCCCGCCGACGCGUCCGACCUCCGCGCCGACGCGGACGACCAGCGCGGCGACGCGGACGACCUGCGACCGCCGCGGACGGCCAGUGCGCGACCCCCGACGACCAGCGCGCUGCCGCGGACGGCCAGCGCGGCCUCGCCGACGGCCCGCGCGCUGACGCGGACGGCCAGCGCGGCCCCGCCGACGACCCGCGCGCUGACGCGGACGGCCAGCGCGGCCCCGCCGACGACCCGCGCGCUGACGCGGACGGCCAGCGCGGCCCCGCCGACGACCCGCGCGCUGACGCGGACGGCCAGCGCGGCCCCGCCGACGACCCGCGCGCUGACGCGGACGGCCAGCGCGGCCCCGCCGACGACCCGCGCGCUGACGCGGACGGCCAGCGCGGCCCCGCCGACGACCCGCGCGCUGACGCGGACUGCCAGCGCGGCCCCGCCGACGAGCCGCGUGCUGACGCGAACAGCCAGCGCGCGGCCACGAAAGAACCGCGCGCCACCGCGGACGGCCAGCGCGCGGCCGUCGACGCCCCUGCGCCGACGUGGACGGCUGGCGCGCAGCCGCGGCUGAUCUGCCCGCCUGGUUAUACACUCCGCUCCGUCGUGUUCCAGGAGGAAGGCGGACUCCAGCCCAUCGUCCCUUCUGCCCCCACCGGACCUCCUCCUGAUGAGCUCGGACCUGAGCCCGAGUCCCCUGGUGAUCCUCCCUCCUUCGCACCGGAUGUCAACAAUCCUCAAAGCAUGGAAACUGCCAUCCGUGCCUACCGCAACACACUCAACGACCACCUUCGCCGUCAACUGCGCUAUGAGGACGACAAGCGCGCCUACGACGAGGCUGCUGCCCGUCACCGCGACUACCACGCCCAACUCACCACGUACACUACACGCCUCGCUAGCUACACCUCCGACAUCGCUGCGUGGCGCAUUGCUGACCGUCGAGCUCUCGCCAUCCUCCUCGCCACUAUCCCCUCCUCCCUCAAGCGAGAACUCUCACCCACCUCCUCCUCCCACCUGUGGCAACUGCUUGUCGACCUCUUUGACCGGCAGGACAUCGCCACCCUCUAUGCCCUCAUCAAGGACUUUGGAUCCAUCACCAUGGAUUCCACUGCCGGCGCAGCCGCCUUUACUCGCCGCGUCCUUGACCUUGCUCGCCGCCUUGCAGCACUUGGUGUUACCUACCCUGACACCGUCAUCUGCUGCCACCUCCUCGAAGGCCUCACUCCUGCCUUCGAUGCCCACAAGCUGGCCUACAUGCAACUCCUCUCCAAACAUGACACUCCCGCUCAAGUUGCCCAGUGGAUUAUCACCACCGAGGCAGAAAUCCUUCGCCACUCCUCCUCCACUGCCGCGGUAGCACAGCAGCGCAGCGGCAAAGGCGGACGUGGAGGGGGGCGUGGAGUCUUCGCCUUUUCCUCCGCACCCUCCACCUUCAUCCCAACCACGUAUGAGGAGGCCAUGGCUUGUCCCGACGCCCCGCUCUGGCUCGCCGCCAUCAUCAAGGAGCUCGAGGCGUACAUCUGGCGGAACGACAUGCCCGAGCCAAAGCUGCUCUCCCCAACCGGCCCUUCUCCCCAACCUGCCAUUCUCCCCAACCUGUCAUUCUCCCCAACCUGUCAUUCUCCCCAACCUGUCAUUCUCCCCAACCUGCCAUUCUCCCCAACCUGUCAUUCUCCCCAACCUGUCAUUCUCCCCAACCUGCCAUUCUCCCCAACCUGCCAUUCUCCCCAACCUGUCAUUCUCCCCAACCUGCCAUUCUCCCCAACCUGCCAUUCUCCCCAACCUGCCAUUCUCCCCAACCUGCCCAUUCUCCCCUGCCGCCUUUGUUCCCCCCACUCUCCCACCUCCUCCAUCCCUCCCCGGCAGCGCCCCCCUCUCCACACCCCCUCUCCACCCCCCCUCUCCACCCCCCCUCUCCACCCUCCCUCUCCACCCCCCCUCUCCACCCCCCCUCUCCACCCCCCCUCUCCAUCCCCCCUCUCCACCCCCCCUCUCCACCCCCCCUCUCCACCCCCCCUCUCCACCCCCCCUCUCCACCCCCCCUCUCCACCCCCCCUCUCCAACCCCCCCUCUCCAACCCCCCUCUCCAACCCCCCUCUUCAAACCACACUCCAGGCCAACCAAGCAACCCUUUCAUUCCUCGCCUCUCUCCUGCACGUCAACUCCUCCUGCGCCUCGCUCCCCGCCUCCUCCCGCCCCUCCCUCACCUGGACGCGCCCCUCCAACGCCCCCCCUUCUCCCCGCCGCCGCAAGCGCUUCGACAAAACAGAGGGCACGGGGCUGUUUGCCCGGGAGGAAAGGGAAACGGCCGAAAGGGAGACGGCAGAGGCUCAGACAGGAGAAGGGGGGGUGGGAGGGUCAGAAGGUGACGGACUGACCAAUCAGGAGCAGCCACCGCAUCCCUGGGGCUGCAUACCGGAGCUGCCAGCUGUCGACUGGCCUAAGCUGAGGUGGCGGUUUGAUUGGUCCACGUUCACCAUUCAUGCCACGUCAGACAGGAAGCCGCUCGCGGUUAGAGCAUGGACUGGCCGCACAGCCAGCGAGCGCCGAGACUUCCGCUUCGUGCUGCAGCGAGGCUCCAAGGGAUGCACGGCGCCCAUGCCAACGGUGCCAGGCACGUAUGCAGGCAAGUUCGACCUGUGUGUGCAGGCCACGCCAUUCUUCCUGCACACCGUCUCGCCGCCCAAGCACCACUCCGAGGAUGGCUUGUGGCACUUCACCUCCACCAUCAGCGGCGUUCCCAAGGAGAUUGUUGAGAGAGAAGGAAAGAACCAUAGUGCUACUCACAUGGAUUGA